CGCCAAGCCGUCGCGGUUGUAGGUGCCCUGCAGGUGCCAUACUUCUUAAUCCCUCCCACCAUUCUCUGCAGGUAUCGCCUCCGAAGACAUGACUACAAGGCGUAGAAUUAGCCAAAGAAAGACUCCACUCGAGAAUUCAGAGCCCGAGGCCCUUGAAAGGCCCAGGGUCCAUUCAACGCCAAAAGUCCCAACUUUACUGGCUAUAAUGGUUUUAAUAUCUGUGGCUUGCUAUUUUGCACUCCGGGAACUUCCAUACGGAUCUGUUCAAAGACAGAUUGCCAUUCAAGCUACGGAGGAUGAUCUUGAAGCCAGAGACGCGAGUAUAUUCUCCGUACAAGGAAUACCAGGAAAGGGCAAAGGUAUCAUUGCCGUUAGGAAUAUCAAACGAGGAGAAGUAGUCCUACGAGAGCGACCGCUCUUUGUGCUACCGUCUGAAAUAACCACAUCACCUACCGCUUUGAUUACGCGGCACCUCUCUCUUCUUACUCCUUACGAACAUGCACAAUUCUACAACCUCUCCUACGUGAACUUCCCUCCUGAUCUUGACCCAGAGAACGACUUCGCCGAGUUGGCAUUAGCAAUAUUCCAAACAAAUGCCGUUUCAACGGGAGUCAAUUCUGUUGGCAUCUUCCCGAGAAUGGCGCGACUCAACCAUGGAUGUUCGAGUGCAUUCAACGUGGUGUAUACGUGGAGGGAAAAGGAGGGGAUGUUAAUGGUUCAUGCGAUAAGGGAUAUUCAAAAGGGAGAGGAACUUUUGACAACGUAUACAGAUACAAAACGGCCCCGGGACCAACGCAGGGCAUACCUCCUCCAUCAAUACUCAUUCCAUUGCUCCUGCGAUGUUUGUUCUCUUCCCGACGAAAAAUCAAAAGAAUCACACCGUCGUUUGAUGUCGAUGUCCGAGCUUUAUGCUCAAUUCGCAUCAUGGGGCACUGGCACAAUAGAUGGAGUCCAGGCCGCUGAAAUUGCGAAGCGUAUCUGGGAACUAGGGAGCGAAGAAGGAUACUUGAGUGAGCGAGGAAGACUGGCAGCUGAUGUGGCAUGGGUGGCAGCUGCUCAUUCAGAUGCUGCGAGUACAAAUGCUUGGGCAAAAUUGGCGGAAGAAUGGUUUGGGUACGAGGUGGGUGUGGAUAGCGAACAGGUGUUGGAAAUGCGAACGCUGCAAACUCAACCUGAAGCCCAUUUAGCUUGGGCAAGCCGACAGGCAACACGAGUGCCCACUCCUCAUCUGUAAUCGCGAUCUACGCCCUUUGAUCUAGUGUGCAUUGGACCCUCGUGGAGAGAUGAGCAUAUUGCGGACGCAACUUGCAUCGCUUUGAUGGGCUCUGCAUCGCACUCGCCGUACCGCUUGCGUCAAAUUGUUUUGUUUAAUUCUAAAUGAUCAAUCAUCGCAAACAACUGAGAGCGUUAACAGAUGAUAAGCGCUUGAUUCCUUGAGAUUUUGGACAUUGCAU